AAACGUACCCGUGCAAGUGGAGAGGUGUUAGCGUUGCUCAUCAACGAGUUCAACCAAAAUCCAAAUCCAAAUGCUGAAAUGAGGAAGAAAAUUAGUGAUCAGACCGGAAUGCCUGAGCGCAGUGUAAGGAUAUGGUUUCAGAAUAGAAGAGCGAAAUCGAGGAAAAUGGAGAAAGCAGCAGCCACCGAAAAGGAUGAUCCUUACACAUUUGGAGCAUCUUUUGGGUUCUCCAGAUAUGAUAACAUUCCUUUGAACCUCAACAAUAACUAUUUCUUUAUCGAUUGCAAGAGUCUAACAGUUGGGAGUUGGAAGAGGUUGAAAAGUGGAAAUCUCUCCAAUGAGAAUAUCUUUAAUGUUAAGAACUUGUCAAAUCUAUCUCCACAGUCUAUUAACGAAAUCAUGCACAACUCAACCGAUCUCAUGGUUCUAAUCUCUAAGAAGAACUUUGAGAUCAACUAUUUCUUCAGUGCAAUAACUGAUAAUUCGAAGAUACUGUUCAGAAUCUUCUUCCCAAUUUCUUCUGUGAAUAACUGUUCCAUAUCGUUUGUUCCAGAUGAAGAUGGCAAGGAUCAAUCCUGCGAGCUGAAGCUAUGGUUAAAUAGACCACCAAAGUUUGCCGUCUCUUUCUCUCAUUACAUCACACAGAACAACCAGUGGUCGAUUUGUGAGGAUUUUUCUGAGGGACAUCAGGUCAAUGAUGCCUUCAUUGGAGGAACAGGUAUCCCACAUGCUUUAACGGGCUUAGAACAAUCUCUGAAAUUCAUGAGUUCUUACAUCUUGGAUUAUAACAGUUCA